AUGACUCCCGAGUUCCGAGAGAUCGCAACAUCUAACUUGAAGGAGGGUACACUGUACGGCCUGUAUUGUACCGAUUCAUUCGGAAUGGGUGUUGACUUGCCUGAUAUCAAGAUUGUCAUACAGUGGAGAUGUACAUGCAACCUCGAUACACUAUGGCAAUAG